GGCGUGGCGCUGGGCGGCUGGCCUCGGCCCUGAGGAGGUGGCGUUCCGUUGGUGACGUUGGGCUCCGGCGGCGCCGGCAGGGCGUUCUCCUGCGCUGACCCGGAGCUGUGCGGCCAGUUGGUCGAAUUAUGUUUCAGCUCUUCUCAGACAUAUGUCCAAAAACGUGUAAAAACUUCCUAUGCCUGUGCUCAGGGGAGAAAGGCCUUGGGAAAACAACUGGGAAGAAGUUAUGUUAUAAAGGUUCUACAUUCCACCGUGUGGUUAAAAACUUUAUGAUUCAGGGUGGGGACUUCAGUGAAGGUAAUGGAAAAGGUGGAGAAUCAAUUUAUGGUGGAUACUUUAAAGAUGAAAACUUUAUUCUCAAACAUGACAGAGCGUUCCUUUUGUCAAUGGCAAAUCGAGGGAAACAUACCAAUGGUUCCCAGUUUUUCAUAACUACAAAGCCUGCUCCACACCUGGAUGGGGUUCAUGUUGUGUUUGGACUGGUUAUUUCCGGUUUUGAAGUAAUUGAACAGAUUGAAAAUCUGAAAACGGAUGCUGCAAGCAGACCUUAUGCAGAUGUCCGAGUUAUUGACUGUGGGGUGCUUGCCACAAAGUUGACCAAAGAUGUUUUUGAGAAAAAAAGGAAGAAGCCAACGCAUUCGGAAGACUCGGAUUCUUCUUCCAGUUCCUCUUCCUCUUCAGAAUCAUCCUCAGAAAGUGGAGUUGAGCAAGAAAGAAUCAGAAGGAGGAGACACAAGAGGAGGCCCAAAGUCAGACACACUAAAAAGAAGCGGAAGGAGAUGAGCUGUUUAGAGGAGCCCAGGAGGAAACGCACAGCGAGCCCUGAAGGUUAUUCUGAGAGGAGUGAUGUGAAUGAGAAAAGAUCAAGUGAUUCAAAUGCUAAAAGAGAAAAGCCAGUUGUCCGUCCGGAAGAGAUUCCUCCAGUUCCUGAGAACCGAUUUCUACUUAGAAGAGAUAUGCCUGCUGUCACAGUGGAGCCUGAACCGAACAUUCCAGAUGUCGCACCUGUUCCGAGUGAUCAAAAACCAUCUGUGUCAAAGUCUGGACGGAAAAUUAGAGGAAGAGGCACAAUUCGCUAUCACACACCUCCAAGGUCACGAUCUCAUUCUGAGUCUGAAGAUGAUGACAGCAGUGAGACUCCUCCUCACUGGAAGGAGGAGAUGCAGAGACUGAGAGCUUACAGGCCACCAAGCGGAGAAAAGUGGAGCAAAGGAGACAAGCUAAGUGAUCCCUGUUCAAGCCGAUGGGAUGAAAGAAGCUUGUCCCAGAGAUCCAGAUCAUGGUCCUAUAAUGGAUACUAUUCAGAUCUAAGUACAGCAAGACACUCUGAUGGUCACCACAAGAAACGCAGAAAGGAAAAGAAGUUUAAGCAUAAAAAAAAAGCUAAAAAGCAGAAGCAUUGCAGAAGACACAGACAGACGAAGAAGAAAAGAUUAGUAAUGCCACCUGACUUGGAACUCUCAAGAUCUGCCACCCACCGAAUGAAGUCCUCUUGUGACAGAGAAAGGAGACCCCGUGCCUCCUCCUCCUCCUCCUCUCGCCACUCCUCAAAGCGGGCCUGGUCUAGAUCAGACAAGGACGACCGGAGCUCCUCAACCCACUCCAGCAGAGACUCCUACAGAUCCAGGUCUCAUUCACCAUCAGAUUCUAGAGGGAGCUCUAGAUCAAGGGCUUUGUCAAAGUCCUCAUCACGCUCUCAUGACAGAUCCCAGUCCAGAUCUAGUUCCAGGUCAGAACCCCGGAGGACAGCAUCAAACUCACCAAAACAGUCUGCUUCCUUGAGUGAAAAUAAGCCAGUUAAGACAGAACCUUUAAGAUCAUCAAUGCCACAGAAUGGAAAUGUGCUAGUACAGCCAGUGGCAGCAGAAAACAUUCCUGUAAUACCAUUGAGUGACAGCCCUCCCCCUUCUAGGUGGAAGCCUGGGCAGAAGCCCUGGAAGCCCUCCUAUGAGCGAAUUCAGGAGAUGAAGGCUAAAACAACUCACUUGCUGCCUGUCCAAAGUACAUAUAGUUUAACAAAUAUUAAAGAAACUGGGAGUUCAUCAUCCUAUCACAAAAGAGAAAAAAAUUCAGAAAGCGAUGGGAGCGCUUAUUCAAAGUACAGUGACAGAAGUUCUGUGAGCUCAUUAAGGUCAGGGGGUAAGUCUUCUAGGAGCCGGUCAUCCUCUAGGUCAUAUACAAGGUCAAGGUCACGGAGUCCACCUACUUCACGAUCUAGGUCUCCAUCAUCUAGGUCUCACUCACAAACAAAGUAUAGUGAUGGCUCCCACCGCAGCAGAUCGUCUUCAUACACUUCUGCCAGCAGUGAUGGGGGACGCCGAGCCACGAGGAGGACGUUUAGAUCCCGUGGGAAAAAAAGUGUCACUUCAAAUAAAAGACACCACAGCAGCUCAAAGAAGAUACUUCACAGUAAAUAUGUCAAAGGCAGAGAGAAGUCUUCAUGUCACAGAAAGUAUAGUGAAAGUAGAUCAUCUGUAGAUUAUUCUUCGGAUAGUGAACAGUCACAUGUUGAGUUAGUGCACUCAGCCCGAGAGAAGGAGAAGCAGGGGAAAACAGAAGUAUUGAAUGAUAAGCAGGGGAAAAGCAAAGAAGAAGGAAAGGGCAAGCCAGAAUGGGAAAAGAGGCCUUUGAAAGAGAGUCUUUCUGAUCAUUCUAGAGAUGGCAGUAGGUCCAAAGGGAAGAACUGUGCUGGGAGCAAAUGGGACUCUGAAUCAAACUCCGAACAAGAUGUGACUAAAAGCAGGAAAAGUGAUCCCCAGAGAUGUUCUGAUAAGGAGGAGGGCGAAGCCUCUUCGGACUCUGAGUCAGAAGUUGGCCAAGGUCACAUCAAAGCUAAACCCCCAGCAAAGCCUUCAGCAAACACUUCUCUGCCUGAUAGUAAUGGUGCCUGGAAGUCUAGGAGACCACAGUCUUCAGCUUCUGAGUCAGAGGGCUCCUGCUCCAACUUGGGAAACAUUAGAGCGGAGCCUCGGAAACAAAAAUGCCCAAAGGAUAGUCUUAAAGGGGAUCACACCAAAAAGGUGAGAGAGAAAUUGAAAGCCAAAAAAGACAAAAAACACAAGGCUCCAAAGCGGAAGCAAGCCUUUCACUGGCAGCCUCCACUGGAGUUUGGUGACGAGGAGGAGGAAGAAAUGAAUGGAAAGCAAGUUACCCAGGAGCCAGAAGGAAAAAAGCACAUCUCUGAGAAGUGUGAAACUGUGAGAGACAGUAUUCCAAAAAUAGAGAAACCCUGUGAUGAAGGCAGCGGUCCCAGUAACCCUAAGAAGGGUACCUCAGAGCACAACCCACUUGCGGAGGGGGAUCGCCAUCCCAGCUCUUGCCCUGCACCUCUGACAGUGGAGGAGAAUACCACCAGCUCUCCUCCUGGCGCCCAGCACAUUGAAGAGCGUGUCCCAGGUGGAGGGGAAGACGUGCUUCAGACAGAUGACAACAUGGAGAUUUGUACCCCUGAUAGGAGUUCCCCUACAAAAGGAGAGGGGGUGUCCCCAUUAGCAAACCGCAAGCUGGACAGCCCAGAGGGGAGCAUUAUUCCAGAGCAGGUUGAGCACAUGGCACAGCCCAGAGCAGGAGGGAUGCAAGAAAGCAUUGUGUCUGAGAGUAAAACCUCAAGUGAAGGUGGGAAACAGGACAGCUCUGCCAGUUUGGCCAGUCCUGUAGAAAUUUCUGGAAAGAAGGAGAGGCCUGAGAAAAGCCAGAUGAACCUCACAGAUAAGUGGAAGCCAUUGCAAGGUGUAGGAAAUCUGAUGCCUACUGCAGCCACGUCCAGUGCUCUGGAUGUGAAGCCAUUGGCGCCUGUUCCUGAAGUGAAACCACAAGGCUUGAGAAUAGAAAUCAAAAGCAAAAAUAAAGUUCGGCCCGGGUCUCUCUUUGAUGAAGUAAGAAAGACAGCACGCUUAAACCGGAGGCCACGGAAUCAAGAGAGUUCUAGUGAUGAGCAGACACCUAGUCGGGAUGGUAACAGUCAGUCCAGGAGUCCACACAGAUCUCGAAGUAAAUCUGAAACCAAAUCUCGACACAGAACAAGGUCUGUCUCCUAUAGUCACUCAAGAAGUCGAUCCAGGAGUUCCACGUCAUCUUACCGAUCAAGGAGCUAUUCCAGAAGCCGGAGCAGAGGCUGGUACAGCAGAGGCCGGACCCGCAGCCGGAGCAGUUCCUAUGGAAGUUUCCGUAGCCACAGGACAUCCAGCAGGAGCAGGUCCAGGAGCAGCUCCUAUGACCCCCACAGUCGCUCCAGCAGAUCCUACACUUAUGAUAGCUACUACAGCCGGAGUCGCAGCCACAGCCGCAGCCAGAGGAGUGACAGUUACCAUCGAGGGAGAGGUUACAACAGGCGCUCCAGAGACUGCCAGAAGCUCAGCUGUGGUCGUGUUGCUGUUGCAGCUCCCACCUCGGUGCUUGGUGCCUUUGGUUCCUCCUGUACCUUACUUCAUAUGCUACAUGUCCUGAUGCCAGAAGAUAGAAUCAUGACUUUUUUUUUUUAAUUCACUGGCACCAAAAAUUACUUCUUCUGAGCUGGGCUCACUGUGAGUGUAGGGCUUCUCAACAGUUACAUGUGGUGGCGGUCUCUUGGACAGAGCCUGCAAGGUUGGCCAUCUUGUUUUACACCUGUGUGCUAGAAGAGCCAACUGAAGAGUGAACUUUCAGAAGCAACUCCACAGUCUUUAAUUAGCACAUCCAGAGACUUUAGCAACAACCAGCCUCUCCCUGUUUGUGUUGAGACCCCCACUGACUCUGUGAAGCCCUGCCUGACCAGAGAAAACCCAGGACAAGAUUUGGGGGCAGAAGGAUCACAAGCUGCUGCACAGAGAGAUGUUCCUGUGGCUUUGCGUGGUUCCUCCAAAAAUAAUUUAACCUGCAAAAACUAGUUUGAGUUUGUUUCUUUGUUUUACUCUUUAGGUUGUAUUCUUUCCCCAAGUGUACUUAAUCACCUUAGUGCCGGUUUAAUCCUGUUCACAGAAAGAAUUCCUGUAUAUGUUGUCCAUGAAGUCUAUACCAUCCAAUCCCAGGCCUUGCUGGUGUAUUUGGGAAGAAGAAGAUUCCUGGCCUGAUGGAGGGAGGCACUGAAGUAUGAAAAUGGUCUUUCAGAGCAUGUGGCUCAGUGUAAUAGCAUGUGCUUGGCAUGUAAUGAUGCUCUGGGUUCAGUGACCAGCACUCCAAAAAUAAAUCAUGCUGUCACUCUUAUGAGGUGGCCGACCAUUGUUCAACAUGCCAGUAAAUAUAAGUUCACCAUAAAACAGAAUAACAUCAGCAGUCAGUGCUUGGCUAGUGAAAGUUAAACAUGCCGUUUAUAGUGGGAUUUUUUUUCUAAAAGUUUCCUACAAAAAAGGAUGUUUGAAUGUACUAGUUGGUGAGAAUGCAUUCAGAACCCAAACAAACUGCCAAAUGGAGUUAGUAAGGAAGGGUCACUGUUGAGCAAUGUCGUAUUGUUUUGUAGCUGUAGCUGUGUAACAAGUCCCUCAGCCUAGAACAGUGCCCGUACACUGUUGACUAUCAACUGUAUAGCCAUGGCUAGGCAUGGUGGGGCUGAUUUCACUGCUCAGGGGUUCAGGACUGUGGCUGAGGGCUGGAAGGGCACAUCCCUCAUGAAGACUCUGAAAAGGAGUAACUUUCUUGUGGGCUCCUUUGAGGCUGCCCACAUCCCUGCCCCUGGCCUUGCCAUCUUCAGCCAGCAGGGAUCCUUUGUCUUUCUUCAAAACUUCUGCCUUCCUCCUGUAUAAAGGGUCCAUAUGACUAGAUCAAACCAGAUCAGAGAUCAGUCUCCAUCUGAAGUCCAAUUGCCAAAGGAGUUGUGGGCAUUGGCAGGUUCUGGGGGUUGGCAUGGAAAGAGGCAGGGCAUGCCACCUACUGCCGCCACGGACAGGGCUUAAUCUAUCCAGGCAGCUCUCAUCUUCAGCAGUGUGGGCCUGGCUGUUUACACUCAAGUGAACUACAAAAAUGGCUUUUCUUCCUAACUAGGAUCAUUCUGUAUUUUGAAGUUAUUUUUUUAAUAAAAUUGAAUUACGUUGUGUAAUGCGCUUAAUAGAAAAUGCUUUAUUGGACAGUUUUGUAACAUCCUGUUUACUGCAAAUGGCAUAGUUGAUAUUGUCAAAUGUAGAAAAGACUUUUGUACAUACUAGCAGUGUCUAAUUUGUAUAUACAUCGAUUUAAUUUCCCUACAACUCAAAAAAGAUCUUGUAGAAAUGAAAAUACAUGCUAACUUUGA